GCUGGAUGUUUGCAGCAGGUGGCGCGCUGCCCGACACGCGACCGACUUGACCAUUGUCACGGAUGGCGUCCUUCCCGAAUGCGGCGUGCUGGCUCGUCGCCGCCGCCAUUGCCGCCGUCCGAGCGACCGCCGCCUGCUCGGGCAUGCUCAACCAAGCGGGCGCCACGUGGUGCAUUGCGUGCGAGCCGGCCCAAUGCGCGCUCAUGCGCCCAACGAUGAAUGUCAUUGUGACGACGGCGCUAACACCAGAAAUCACGUCCUCGAAUGCGCCCGCGUCCACGUCCAUCACGGCCAGCAUCACGAGCUUUGGUGCGUUCAAGGACGUAGACCCGGUGAACGAUGUCAAGAACCUCAAAAUCAGCGCGUCAGCGUCCGGCCUCUCGACUUUUGGCUUGGACAGCAUCGCCAACGUCAAGGGCCUCGUCUCCCUGACGCUCGAGUCGCUUACACUGGGACCUGCUACGGUGGCCGACGCGCUACCGCUCACCACCCUCAUUCUCACCAAGUGCACGCUGCCGUCGUCGACAUUGGACUUUUCACGCUUUGCAAAUUUGACGCACUUGCAAAUCACAGGCUGUGGCCUCAGCGUCCUUCCUACGCUCAACGUCGCCGCGCUCACCAAGAUCACAAAGAUCGACCUGCAUAACAACAACCUCAAGCAAUUCCCACUGCAGCUCCUCGACCUACCCACCUCGACUGUCACCAUUGACUUGACGGGGAACCCCAUCGAGCCCUUUGCGCUCACCACCGCGCAGCUCGCCAAGUACAAUGCGAUGCUCAUCACAUUAGACGGCAAGGGCCCGGACGCGGCCGUCGCAUCCGGAACGCCCGGGCUCACGUCGUCGGCGGCGCGCGACGUUGUACCGGCGACAUCGUCGUCGUCGUCGUCCGUCUCGAGCUGGCAGAUGGCGCUGCUUGCCGGUGUCGGCGGCGCCGGCCUCGCGGUCAUCAUUGCCAUGAUCAUCAUCCGUCAGCGUAACGCCAAGGACGAUGCGGACUCGGUGCUAGAAGACCUCGACCACCCCGCGUACAUGACGAACGUGGACGACAACCACCUUUUCCUGUCGCACAACACGCCCAUGAUGGUCGCGACCGAUACGCUCAAGCCCGGCGACCUCAUUUCGCCGCUCACCGAGAUUGGCGAAGACUCGACGCCGUUCCACACCGAGUCGGACCGAUGCUAUCGCCUCUUGUCACAGGACGAGCUGCGGCUGUCGCGGUCGGCGUGCCCGAUCCCCGGCGGUCUCUCGGGCAGCUUUGACGGCGAGCGCGUCAUGAUUCGGCGCCUCGACCACCGCGACCGCCCGGACGUGGCCAAGCGCUUUGUGCAGCGUGUCGCGGCGCUCUCGCUCCUCAAGCACGAACACGUCGUUGAGCUUCUCGGCGCGUCCAAGCUCUCGGGCAUCUCGCUCUGCGCGGUCUUUGAACACAUGGAGCACGGGACGCUCUCGUCGUUCUUGCACGUCGAGCGGUCGCCGCUGACGCCGCACCAAGCGCAGCGCAUGUGCCUCGAGAUCGCCGACGGCGUCGCGUACCUCCAAGCCACGGGCUUUGUCCUCGGCGCGGCUUUUGACGUCUGGAGCACCGACCGGAUCCUUGUCAACGAAGCCCUCACGUGCAAGCUCAACAUCGUCACGUGUCUUGACGACCUCGACGCGACGUCCGUGCAGCUGUCAUUUGGCACCGGCCGCCUCGCGUUUUUGGCGCCUGAAAUCGCGUCCCAACGGCUGACGACCGAGUCGCGACGAGACGAUAUGGACAACGAAGCCGCGGCCAUCUAUGCGCUGGGCGUCAUCUUGGGCGAAGUGCUCACUCGGCAACGACCGUAUGCUCCGCUGCUCCACGCUGUCGGGCCCGUCGCGGCCGACGGCUACGUCUACGACAUGUACAUGGCACCAGGAACGCCGCGCGUGCCGCCACACACACUGGGCGACGAUGUGCCGCCGGCGUGGACGCAGCUGAUUGCAGAGUGUCUAAGUUAUGCACCGCGCGACCGCCCGACGGCCGCCGACGUCUGCAGGCGCCUCCGAAGUAGUUACGAAAGCGCACCUCAUUAGUCGAUAGUCCAAGCCCGUAAAUGGAAGAAUGUUAGAGAGUUGUGACUAGAUA